AUGAAAAUUGAGGAGGAAAGGACAUCACAACAAGGCAAUGUUGAGCAGUAUGUUAGUGAGAACAGCCUUUUGCCUUCAAGCCUACAGGACCAUGAGAAUGAUGUGAGGAUCAGAUGUCUUGAAGAGGAUAUGCACAAAAUUUUUACUGUGUCACUUAAAAAGAAUUCUUUUGUCCUUCUACAGCUUCUUGCAGCCAAUGACCUCACAGCCAGUGACCUCAAAGGAUUUCAGCCACAGGUCAAAGACAAGCUCAGUAUGGUUGAGCCAGAAGGAAUUGGCCGAGCUCCAUGUAUUGGGUCAAGAAUUGGGUGUCCUCAGAGAAAAUGUCCAUCCUGCAAGAAGAGUUCGGUUUAUGAGAGGCCACAGAAACAUUCAGCCCUCCACUAUGAUCCCAGCCUCCAACAGGACUUCACUGGAGACACCUUAAAACCAAAGCACCAGCAAAAAAGCAGCAGCCAGAGCCACAUAGAUUGGUCUGCCAGCUCAGAUAAUGGUCCCACCACUCAGAAUUGCUUCAUUGGGACGGAGACUAGUCGGGAAACUCCAGGCACCACCAAGAUUCCAACCCUUGAGCCCGUGGCUUCCUUUGCCAAAUCCCAAGGGAAGAAAGGUAGUGUGAACAGCACAUGGAGUCAGUUGUCUAGCGGUAGUAAAGAUCUUCUUUUGGGUAAUGUGGUCCCAGCCCCAAGCAACAUCAGUCCACCAGCCCAGACCAACAGCUCAGCUGAGUGCAAUGGACUCCCGCCCUUAGUAGAACAAGAUGGAGGAGGAUCAAUGGAGCCCCCAGAUCCCCCUACUGGAAGCAGCAAGAAGAAGUCAAGUAAAAAAGACUUAAUAAAUCAAACCAUACAAAACUCAGACCUGGACUGGGUCAAGAAUGCCCAAAAAGCAUUUGAGACCAAAACUCAUGAUAACUCGGAAGGGAAAAAGGAAAUCUACUCCACAGAGAACAUCCAAGAGGUAUCACCAGCCAGGCAGAAUGUGAGUUCCAUCGGUAAUCCUGAAAAUGAUAUGAGUCACGUCCGGAUCACUAUUCCCAUCAAGACUCCAACCCUAGACCCACCUAGCCAUAAAAGGAAGAAAAGGCAGUCUGUGAAAACAAUGGUGGAAAAAAUCAUACCAGAGAAAGCCUUGGCUUCUGGAAUUCCCAUAAGCAGUGAAGUAGCUAGCAGGAUACUCUCUCACCCUGAAGGAAGUAAGAAGGAUCCCCGCACUACCAAACUUGCUAAAAUUAUGGAGAAUGAGCCCUCUUCGGUUGUGCUGGAAGGCGUUGUAAGUGCUGAGAAGGUUCUCUCAAGUAACGCGGCCAGACUGCGAAAGACUCCCCUGGUCAUGACUCCUCCACCAUGCACAGAUCCACCUCUCUCAAGCAAACUGCCAGAAAUUCAGCACCCUAAAUUUGCCGCAAAACGGAGGUGGACCUGCAGCAAACCAAAACCCACCAGUAUGCUGCGGGAGUCAGCCAUGACCACUUCUGAAAAACUCAUGGUGGAGCCACCUUCUGCAUAUCCUAUCACCCCAUCUAGUCCUCUGUACACAAACACAGACAGUCUCACUGUGAUUACACCAGUUAAAAAGAAGAGAGGACGACCAAAGAAACAACCUUUACUCACUGUCGAGACAAUUCACGAGGGAACUUCCACCAGCCCAGUCAGCCCAAUCAGCCGGGAAUUUCCUGGCACUAAGAAAAGGAAGAGAAGACGCAAUUUGGCCAAACUGGCCCAGUUAACAGUGCCAGGAGAAGAGAAAUCCAUGAGCGAGAUGAAAUUCCACAAAAAAGUUGGAAAGCUUGGUGUACUGGACAAGAAGACCAUCAAGACCAUCAACAAGAUGAAGACCCUUAAGAGGAAAAACAUCUUGAAUCAGAUCUUGUCCUGCUCCAGCAACAUUGCCCUGAAGGCAAAAGUACCGCCCCAGACCAACCCUGGGGGAGCAGCCAUUGACAGCAGACUGGGUAAGCAGAUCAAUGUCAGCAAGAGAGGAACCAUCUACAUUGGCAAAAAGAGGGGCAGAAAACCUAGGGCAGAGCUGCAGCCCCCAUCUGAAGAACCUAAGACAGCCAUCAAGCACCCAAGGCCUGUUUCUAGCCAGCCGGAUAUUCCAGCCGUGCCUUCCAACUUUCAGUCACUUGUGGCAUCUUCACCAGCAGCUAUGCACCCACUUUCCACGCAGUUAGUCGGGUCUAAUGGCAACCUGAGCCCCGCCAGCACUGAAAUCAAUUUUUCAGAGUUGAAAACUAUGCCAAAUCUUCAGCCCAUCGGUGCUCUUCCUACCAAAACCCAGAAAGGAUUACACAGUGGAACCUGGAAGCUGUCACCUCCCAGGUUGAUGGCCAAUUCACCUUCACACCUGUGUGAGAUUGGGUCCCUGAAGGAAAUUACACUGUCACCUGUGAGUGAGUCCCACAGUGAGGAGACAAUCCCUAGUGACAGUGGCAUUGGGACAGACAACAACAGCACAUCUGAUCAAGCCGAGAAGAGUUCAGAAUCCCGCCGGCGGUACUCUUUUGACUUCUGCUCUUUGGACAACCCGGAGGCCAUUCCAUCUGACACCAGCACAAAGAACCGACACGGCCACCGGCAGAAGCAUCUCAUCGUGGACAAUUUCCUCGCCCACGAAAGCAUCAAGAAGCCAAAGCACAAGCGGAAAAGAAAAAGCCUGCAGAACCGCGACAACCUCCAGUUCCUUGCAGACCUAGAAGAGCUUAUCAACAAAUUCCAGAUGUUCAGGAUCUCCCACCGGAGUUACACAUUCUAUCACGAGAACCCGUAUCCCAGUAUUUUUAGAAUCAACUUUGAUCACUAUUACCCGGUGCCAUAUAUACAAUAUGACCCCUUGCUCUAUCUUCGAAGGACCUCAGACAUGAAGUCCAAGAAGAAGCGUGGUAGGCCUGCCAAAACCAAUGACACCAUGACAAAGGUGCCUUUUUUACAGGGGUUCAGCUACCCUAUCCCCAGUGGAAGUUACUAUGCACCCUAUGGAAUGCCUUACACAUCAAUGCCUAUGAUGAACCUUGGUUAUUAUGGUCAGUACCCAGCUCCUUUGUACUUAUCUCACACUCUUGGCACAGCUUCACCAUUUAUGAGGCCAACGGUGCCACCACCCCAGUUCCAUGCAAGCACCCAUAUGAAAAUGUCCAGCACUGCCAGGCACAAAGCAAAGCAUGGAGUGCAUCUGCAGACACCUGUUGGCAUGGGCCUUGGAGACAUACAGCCCUCUCUCAAUCCCCCAAAGGUGGGUAGUGCUGGGUUGUCCAGUGGUCGCCUCCACAAAAGGAAACACAAACACAAACACAAGCACAAGGAGGACCGAAUCCUGGGGACCCAUGAUGACCUGAGUGGUCUCUUUGCAGGCAAGUCCACAGGCUUCUCUAGCCAUGUCUUGAGUGAGCGGCUAAGCAGUGCCGACAAAGACCUCCCCAUGGUGGGUGAGAAGAGUAGGCAUAAGGAGAAACAGAAACACCAACACAGUGAGGUCAGCCAUAAAGCUUCCAAGAGCAACUUUGAGGUUGACACCCUGUCGACCCUGUCGCUCUCUGACGCCCAACAGUGGACGCAGGUGAAGGAAAAAGGAGACACUAGCGGAGACCCUGCUGACUCCUGUACAAAGAAGUUCUCCAGUGGCAGCAGUGGAGAGAGCGGCAGCACAAGGUCAGAGACCUUGGAUGUGUUUGGCAGCAUGAACCCGUUGAACGACAAGUGGGACAAUGAAGUGAGUGGGAGUAAAAGAAGGAGCUUUGAAGGUUUUGGAACAUACAGGGAAAAGGACAUCCAAGCCUUUAGGAUGAACCGAAAGGAAAGAAGCUCCUAUGACUCCUCCAUGUCUCCAGAGAUGCAAGAAGAAUGCAGGAGAUACGGCCAGGUGGCAUUUAUUGUUAUCGUGGGAGGAGAAAGGGAAGUCCUCGAGAAAAACCUGUAG